AUGCAAACGCUAGCAGAUAUAACCAAAGCUAACGAGAUAGGACAACAAAUCCCUAUAAGCAAUAUGUUUGGAGCCUUUAAGUCGACUAUGAUCAAGAGUGGGGGUUAUUUAUGGAAGUUUGCCCCCAAGUUAUCUCAGCCUCAAAAAUACCGUCUUCGUAAGAGAAUGCAAUUAGUCGAUGCCAAUGUCGAUGCUAUACACAAUGGUUUGCUUUUACACCAACUGGAGAAGGGUAUUUUACCUGGAGUAAAUGCCUCAGAGUCAUUAACAGGAUACAAGAAAUUAGAUAAUGCCAAAUAUAACAUGCCUAAAGAAUCAAGUAUGGCCCCAGAAGACAAGUACUCUACUUUCAAUCCAAACUCCAAAAACUACAGAAGAUCGUUGCAUCGGGAACCCAAAUGGACCAAGAGAUCCUUCAGAGAAAAUCCUACUCACUUUUGA